CGUAGAUAUUUUGUACACGGCUGCUCUGCACGGAGUACUUGUAGUGCACCUAGGUAACUCACCUUCUUGCAAUACACCAGCACCCCAACCGCUCGCUCCUUUACAGUCCAAUCGAACCAUGUGAAUGCCUCCCCCAGAAACGAACCCGCUACACAUCUACCGGGCGUGCCUGCGAGAAUGCUCCUACCUCCCCCUCCCGCAAUGUCGGGCGUACAUGCGAAAAUUCACCAUCGACGGCUUCCGGCGCUGGAUUCCCAAGUUGCCUACCACCGGAGGAGGCGACCGAAGCCGCAUACUCCACCGCCGUGACCGAGACCUUGCGCCCGAGCAAGUGACGCGACUGCUCCACCAGGCCAGGAAACUGGCUUCGAUCCUCCGGCAUGCGAACCAAGGGUACACCGCCGCGCUGGAGAACGUGUUACGCAUGACCUACGGGAGAAAAGGGCCCAGGAAAUAUGACCUCCUGGAAAAGUUCUUGUAUCCACCCGCCACCCUGGGCCCUGAAGGCGGAAGAACGGGACUUGGAAAAGACGCAAAGGGCCAGAAUAUCGCGACCGCGGAAAUGGCAUUGGCGGACGCCGUCUCUCCUACCAGCUCGGAACUAGAUCUUGAUGAAACACUCAAGGACGACGCGGGGGAGGUGGCGGCGGAGGAGGAGGACUCUGUGAGCACCACAGAAGAGGACACAUUAUACCCUUCUUUACAGCCCACAGUCACGACCGCGCGAGGUGAUGGCGACGGCACUACCUCCGUUCCCGCCACGCCUCGUCCCCGCGGGAAGCAAGACGCGCCGACCGAAAAAUGGGAGAAUCUGGAGCUUCCCCCGCGCCUGCUCGCCCUGAUCGCGUCCCAAGCCAGCGAACAGGUCUACUUCACGCGCGUCGGCGCCCACCUCAAAGUCAAGUCGCGAUUCAACCCGCCCGAGACAACCAUCUGGGGCAAACCGCUCCCGCAGUCGCGGUACAAGAACCUGCGCCGCAAAUGGUACAACCACAACGUCAAGGCCGCGCUUCCCCCACUGCCGGAAGACGAGUACCGGGAGCUCCACGACCUCGUGAGCGGCAGGAGGGAGAUGGAACCGUUCGUCCGGCGCCGGACCCCGGCGUGGAUCUCGCCUGAGGCCAUCCAGCAGCAGGAGUGGCUCGACAGCCAGUCCUGUCUGAUAUUGGAAGGUCCCCGGCCCGGGCCCCGUCUCAAGGACUGGCACAGCGGUCGCCCUCACAAAAUCACGCCUCGGCUUCUUCAAAGACUACUCUCCCGCGUGGUCUUGAAACAGACCCCCUUGGUGAAGACAGCGGCUGCCGGUACAAAGGCCGCCGCGGAUUUGGGAUUGGUCUUCUACUGGGACGAUGGCAUCUCCAGGGCGGAGAUGGAGAAAAGCGAGCAGAACAUGUCGGAAUCCUUGAAAGACAGGCAAGCAAGGCUUUUGUUUGGGUGAUGGAGCGUAGAUGAACGAGAGCUGAGGCAUGCCGCCCUCGACUGAACUGCAAUGCGUCGACGGCGUUUGUGGCGGAUGCAGCUUCCUAGAUCCUCAUCCAUGGGUUGGAGAGUGGACAACGAUAACGCUGAGGAAACGGGAACGUUGGCUUUCUACUAAAUCGAUACUUUUGAGCAGAAGGGAGGAGCAGAAUUUAUUCACUCGCGUCGAUCCCGGAAGCCAAACACUCUUCAUGCAGACCUGAUGCCGUGCUUGGCCCGGAUCCUUGCCUGAAUUCAGAUGCGUGUGCCGGUACCGUUUUCCAGACCAUGCCCUGAUCAUUGCCGUCUGUUGCAAACUUUCUGUUGGCUGAUCGAGCUCAGAUCUCUCUCACUGGAGCCCUUGUCUAUGACGGCGUCCCUCCCAACAGGGCACUCAUUGCAAUGUACCACGUCAGGGACGCUCCGCCAUCGAUCCAUCCCAUGUCAAAACUAGGCUGCGUGAAGAAAUUGUACGCUGCUGUUGGGUUGAUGAUUGCUAAAUUCGCAUACACAAUGCCUGAGGAUUGUCAGUGUUGCGCUCCAUCAGAUGGUCCUCGUACCGCUCACCUUUCCAGCCACCAGUAAUAUCUAUAACCUGUCGAACGGCGCCAUCUGCGAAGUAUGUGAUCCAUUCCUCUGUUACGAAUUGCUCUGUCACAGGCAAGUCAGUUUGGUGCGCGACUUCGGUUGGUGGAAGCUCUUACCGGUCCGAGUCAACGUCGAGAAAGGCAUGAGAGGGAUCAUGUGGAUGCUGCGAGUAAUCAGCAACGUAGCAAGCGGAAGUGUGAGAAGUAAACAGUGUAUCAUACCCUUGAACAUAGCUCAGAUCAGUACCAAAGUAGGUGACAUGAUCUGCUUUGUUCUCAAACAGGAUGCCGGUCACUUUGUU